AUGUCGAAUGAACACGUGGAAGAUGUAGAUCAAGAAAUGUAUAUCAGAGAUAGAGAACUGGAUGAAACAGAAUCAGCUACACCGAGUGUAAAUCCAUUAGGUAACCAACCUAAUAUAGAACGGGAAAAUGUUAGAGACAGAGAUGACUCCCAUUUACUGAGAAUUAUAGCCGAUGCUUUGCAUCGAGUAGCGGGAACUGUACCUGCUACGACAUCUACUCCUACUAUUAGACGGGCCCCAAUCAAAGAAUUACGAAAAUACGGUGCUACUAAAUUUUUGGGUUUGAAGGGAAUUGAUCCAUCCACUGCAGAAAAUUGGAUGGAAUCAACUAAACGAGUUCUGCAGCAAUUAGAAUGUACCCCCCGAGAGAGCUUGAUCUGUGCUGUUUCUCUACUGCAAGGAGAAGCCUAUUUGUGGUGGGAAUCUGUAAUACGACAUCUACCUACAGAACAGGUGACAUGGGAUUUAUUUCAAAAAGAAUUUCAGAAGAAAUAUGUUGGGGAGCUGUAUAUUGAAGAUAAGAGGCAGGAGUUUUUGAUGUUGAAACAAGGUAACCUGUCUGUUGUAGAUUAUGAACGUGAAUUUUCCAGACUCAGCCGAUAUGCUUCUGAUUUUAUACCGACAGAGGCUGAUAGUUGUAAAAGGUUUCUUCGGGGUUUGAGAGAUGAGAUCAGGGUACAGCUAGUGUCACAUCGAAUUACAGAAUUUGUAGAUUUAGUAGAGAGAGCGAAGAUGGUUAAUUGA